AUGCUCCGGGCCUCGGCAAGUUCGAUCAAACUGACGAGCCUGUACGGGGCGCCAACCGGGGAUGCAUACCACCCGAGCGUACCAUUCGCCAACUUAGUUGAGAUUGAUGGCGUGCGUAUUCUUUUGGACUGUGGAUGGAACGACGAGUUUGAUGUCAGCUAUCUCAACACUCUGUUGCCGUACCUGGGGGAUGUGCAUGCCGUACUCUUUUCAACUCCUGAACUCGUCUCCUGUGGGGCACUCCCAUUCGUGAUGGAGCAUAUUCCCUCUGGCACCUGCGUGGCGGCGGCAGGUUCCACGGCCAAGAUGGGCCUUCACGGUGUUCUGCAUCCAUUCCUUUAUCUCUUCCCCAACGCUAACACCUGGCGGCUGGAAAGUGGUAUUGACUUUGAACUGACGGUGGACAAGGUAUACAGUGCCUUUCGAAGCGUGACGGAGCCGUAUGGGGGCAAAGUAACAAUUCAUCAUCGCGAUGUGGAGUUGGAAUGCUAUCCUAUUUUUUCCGGCCGUAUGCUCGGGAGCCAUGGCUGGCUUAUUAAGUAUAAAAUUGACGAGCUUUUCUAUUGCCCCGAUUUUUCGCUGAAGCCCUCUUAUACACUUAAACGAUUUGUGCCACCAACAACGUCAACUCUGCUUUUUAUUGAUGGAUCACCACUGCAUUUGAGCGGUAACACUGGAAACAAGUACGAGGAACAACUGAAUGCGUUGAUUCGAGAGAUUUUGGGCACACUUCGUAACGGGAAGGAUGUUUUGAUACCAGUUUCUGUUGUUGGACGGGGAUUGGAGAUACUCACGAUUAUCACACAACUGCUUACAGAGAAGGGAGGUGACAAUUACGCGGUUGUGUUUGCCUCCAUACAGGCGGCGGAGUUGGUGGCGAAGGCGAGCACUAUGACUGAGGCCCUCGUAGAUGAGAUAAUUCUCAGUGAACGACAGUUAUUUGCUAAUGUGGUGACUUGUAAGACGGCAGAGGAGGUCUUGAGUGUGGCUGGGCCAAAGAUUUGUAUUGCUGACGGUGACACCCUCGAUUACGGGGUGUCAGCAGAGCUUUUAGCGCAUUUUUUGCAAUCGGAUGUUGAUGAUAGAGAAAAUUUGAUUGUCUUACCAGGAACACCAAAGCCAGAUACAAAUGCCUUCAUAGUAGCUGCGGCAAAUAAAGGGGAUAUCAUUAACUUGCGCUACACAAGUCGCUCACCACUUGGGAAGGAGGAAUUGGAGGAGUAUUAUCUUCAACUUGAGCUGGAGCUGGAGGAGCGGCGGAAGGCGCUGGAAGGGGGUGCGUAUGAGGUGGCCUCCCUCGAGGGUGAUCCUAGCGACGACGAGAACGUUGCCGGUAAAGAGGAUGAAAAACAAACGGGGAAGACACAACAGUGCACACCUGGCCUUGUCCUUCCUUCUUAUAUGAGUUUUGUCUCCAAAUUCCUUCAGUUUCCCAUUCUGGAGACGGCAGUGUCAUUAAAUAAUGCCGUGUUAAAAAAUCUUGAUUAUUCCUACGGUAUUCCUGUCAGUGAAGAACUGCAGGUUCUUAUGCGUAGAAAGGCUCCAGCGCGGGUUUACAGUGACGAGGGGCCUGAAGGAAUUCAACUGCAUAAUGAUGCUCAGGCUGAGGCGAAUAUUCCGUCAAAGGCGUUUGUGAAUACGGUUGUGGCACGCAAAAGUUCACGUGUCUUCAUGACAGAUCUCUCAGGUUUUGCAGAUGCCACCACUAUGCGGAGUCUGCUAAAGUCCCGUUUCAGCUUUGCGAAAAAGAUUGUACUGACUCGUGGCACUGUCGAUGAUUAUCGCACGCUGUACCAGUUUUGUCGAUCGGAGAAGGUCAUGAAGUGCGGGGAGAAUGUUUUUCUUCCGAGGACGCAAGGGGCCCACUUGGAGCUUGCCACGCACGUGUACUCGUAUGAUGUGCAGUUGGACCCACAAUUAGCUAACACACUUUCCUCCGCUCUACGGCGCGUGAACGAAUCGAGGUCAAACGGCUCGUGGGAUGUGGGGUGGGUGGAUGGGGCUCUGGAGAGUUCCUUUGCGUCGGUGGAUGCAGAGGACGACGAGAGGCAAGCAGCAAAGCGACUUCGAACUGAGGGAGGCGACGGCGAGAGGCAGGAUAUUGUUUUUACCUUGGCUCCUCUCACCAGCGAGAAGGCGCAGGAGUGUGCUCAGAAGCGGGAACUGCGGGGAAUGCAGCGCGGCCUAUUUUACGUGGGUGAGGUGGACUUACACAAACUUCGUGAUGUAGCUCGAAGCGAAAUGGGUCUUCGCGGCGAGUUUCAUAAAAAUGCACCUAUGCUUGUCUUUGAUGCAGGGAUGUGCGUUCGCAAAAGCGCGAAUGGGAAUUUUUCCUUGUCUUCGAUGGUUUCGCCAUCUGUCUUUGCACUUAGAAAGACCGUCUAUGGUCAGUUUUCUCAGACACUGUAG